CACAAACUGCAGCCUGUCCUGCCCUGAGCCCUGCAGGGAAUGUUCCACAGGAGCAGGAACUGGGUUUACCUGGAAAUCAGGAACCUCACUGCGUGCACCGCCCCUGGAACCUGAACCAAACCAGCAGCUUUUAUAAAACCAAGGUGCCCUUCCGACCGUUUGUUUAACUACCUCCGAUGUUCUGUGACGAAUUUUUUGGAGCCCAGAGGAAACCACAAUCUGAGAAGAUGAGAUCCAUGUGAUUUGGGGAUAACCGUGCAGCUACCUCCCAUCGCCCAGCGGGACAGAGACCUGUCCUGGGGUGCAGCAUCACCGGUAUCUCCACCGGCCCAGCUCAGGGGCUUUACCAGCAGCCCUGCUCCAGCAGUCAAUCUCGGGAAUCUUCUACCUGAAAAAAAGUGAAGUGUGCGUGUGCCAGCCCCAGACUCCACCAUGUCCAGGACUGUGUAAGCCGAAUUUCUCUGGGCUCGGUGUGGAGUGAGAGUGGAGUGAGUCUCUGUCCUGGUGCCUGUUGAUGCUGCAAUGCAGAGGCUGCAGAAACCUUGGAGCCUCUCCUCGCUGGCACUCGUUAAUGCUGCACGAGUUGAAAAUGCAACCAGCCCAAAUUCCACAGAGGCAUCAAGAUCAGAUGUUCCAAUUGCUGCCAUUGUGGCUCCCAGUGUUAUCGGUGGUGUGCUGAUCAUCAUCAUCAUCCUCGCUGUGCUCUUCAUAAAGCUGAAGGGAAAGCGGAGGGAUGAGGGGACAUAUAACCCGAGUCAGCAGGAGCAGAUUGGGGCACGAACACAAGUCAACCACGGCCUGAAACUGCCUCCAGAGGAAAGACUUAUCUAAGUGAUGUCCCACUGACUCAGCCAUCAUCACAAUCCUGCUGGUGCAUAAGGAUGUAAACUAGAAAACCAAGGAAAAUCUGCCACUGUUGGUCAUUGCUUUGUAGAAUGUUGACCAUCAGCAACGAUCCUGUGAUCUUUAUCCUUUUUAUUGAUUCUCAUUUUGUUUUUGUUGGGUUUCAGGUGAAUGAUGCUCCACACUGAACUAUUACAAGGCACAGUAUCUGCCUUUUUAAUUUGAGUAUCUUCUUGUGUGCAUGGUGUCAUGAUUGAAAGGAUCUAGUUACAUGGCACUCUUUCUCCAGGGGUAUCUCUGGAUCAACACCACAAACCAAAACCAGCCUCUUGUUGCCUAAUGUAAAGCAAUAUGCCACCUGUAUUGAGCGGUCGAUGGUCUGACUAUCCUAUCUCAGCUGCUGGAACAGGGACAGUAGACCCUUCUGAACAAGGAUAUUCAGGCCAAUGUGUCCAGGAGAUCUCACAUCGGAGAUUUUUAUUUCAGAAGAAAGUAAAGAUGUUUAGCAAGGCCCUGUUUUACAUUGUUUCUGGGUCUCUGGGCCCCACUGUCCUUCUGAGUUAGAAAUAGACCCAGAAUGGAGACACACUACCUUCCCACAAUUGAACGCAGUGAAAUGAAAGUAGCACUCAGCAAUUAUCAGAGACCAUUUGGUAAUCCCACAUUCUCCUAACCCAUACAUUGCACAAGCUCAGGAGACCACCCAUUGUGUUACGUAGGUGCAUUAACACAUCUGUUUAGAGAUUUCAGUCAUAUAGAUGACAUCAUAGUUUUGUGUCAUAUUAUUUUAAAAGGAUGUUUAAGUUGAUUUUUUAAGAUUUAUUUUGAGAGUCCCUGUUUGAUCCUAUCUUGUGUAAGUUAUUAACCUUCACGAUGGUGAGAUGUAACUGGGACAGGAGGGCUCCCCUAGUAUAGUUCUGACUUUACAUCGUCCCAGUCCUUGGAAUGGUGUCAAUUUGAAACUGUUGACAGAAGUUUGUAAUUUUGAUUAGUUGAUUCCUCAGUGAUGCGGCCACUGUAGAUGAGAAAGUCGUAAGGAGACAGACUUUGAGAAGUUAUUUGUGAGAUGUCAGUAAAAGAUAAAUGUUGGGUGUUUCAAAUUUGAAACAUUUUUUAUUCUCUCUGUGGCUGUCUUGCACUAGAUGAAAAAUAUAUAAUUUAAAAAAUCUUCCUGAAUGAGGGUAAAUUGGAGGUUCUGCUGUUUUAUAAAGGCCAGGAGAAUUAUAUAAGAAACAUGUAAAUAUGUCUCUCGUCAAGGCGAAAUUGUUAAACUGCUGUUCAGUAAACACUGAAUGAGUUUAUAUCAAGACCAAGAGAUUGCUGUUAAAUAAACACUGGGUGAAUU